CAUAUCUUAGGUCUAAAUUAGUGCCAUUUGUCGAACUGAUUUUCUAUAUCGGCGCUUAGCACGUGUAGAACGCACGUUGCUGAAAUUUUGUUAUUUAAAACGCUAAAUUACACAGCUCACCGAUGGUGCCGAACGAGAAAAGCUUCCCCCGUGGCGGGACAAUCCACACCGAGGCCAAGGCCGCCGACAUCAGCUCGAAUAUCGUUUUUGGUGCCUCGCAGAAGAAGGUGAAAAAGGCUCCGAAAGUGAAAGACAACUUCCUGAGCGACGAAACCGAGGAACAAAAUGGCCAACUGGAGGCCUUCUCUGCGGAAACGCUCAAUAUGGACACGCUGCAGGAGGACAUGUUGGUCAUGGGGGUGGUCAAGGAGGCGACAGCCACCGCGCUGCAGAUUGCCUUGCCCGGCCGGAUGUUCGCGCGCACCAUGGUGGCGGAUAUAUCAGAGGCCUACACUCGCGUGGCCAAGGCGGCCAUGUCCGGAGACACCAGCGAGUACCACGACCUAACCGAGCUUUUCCAGGUGGGUCGCAUCGUCUACGGCAAGGCCAUCAAAACAGAGAUGCUGGGCACCGGACGGGUUAGCCUGCUACUCUCCCUCAAGCCGGCCGAUGUGCAUGGAAGUCUGCAUCACAAGAGCAUUAAGAAGGGAUUCAUCUUCUCUGGCGCCGUAGCGGAGAUCCAGGAGCACGGCUAUGUCAUCGAGUCGGGAGUUCAAGGACUGCAGGCAUUCGUGCCCUGCGAGGAGCCAGCACAGAAGCUACACGUGGGGCAGCUGGCUUUCCUGAAAGUCAAAAACGUUCACCACGACACCCACCAAAGCACCUGCACCUGUGUCCAGGUGGAGCAGGACCAGCUGCGCAUCAAGAGCCAAAACGAGACGAAUCUCGACUACAUUCUGCCAGGCAGCAUUGUGAAGUUUAAGGUGGCCAAGCAUCUAAAGGAUGGCCUCAAAGGCAGCAUCAUGAACGAAUCCUUUAGUGCAUACAUCAAUGAGCAUCACCUGACUAACGCUUUGGAUACUUUGGAUGCCUACGAGCUGAAUGAGGAUUACAACGCCAGGGUGCUUUACGUGAUGCCCCUAACAAAACUGGUGUACUUAACUCUUAAUCUAGAUAUGAAAACUGGAGUGGCAGCAGAAAAAGAUCAGAAUGAGGAGGAGCAAGAGGAAGAGCCCCUCAAGGUGGGUACUGUGGUGGAGAAAGCCAAAGUCCUGCGCCUGGGCAGCGGUGGAGUGGUGCUGCUUCUUAACAAGAAACUGAAGGGCAUUAUAUCCUAUGGUUCCAUUAGGGCCAACUUCAAAGGAAACUAUGACAAGGACGAAGUGUUGUCCAAAUACGGAAGAAAAACGAAGCAUAAGGUUCGCAUCCUAGGAUACGAUAUCAUAGAAUCCUUGUACUACUGCUCCGAUGAUCCCAACGUGGUCAGCGAAAAACUGUACUGUCUGGAGGACAUUACCGCUGGCGACCUGGUCACAGCGAAGAUAUUCAAGAGGGACGACAAGAUCAAGGGAUGGUCGGUGAAGAUUGGCAAGGUCAACGGAAUACUGGAACAGUUCUAUCUGGCACCCAAUGUCCGCUACGAUGUGGGUCAGUCGCUGAAGUGUCGCGUCCUGGAAGUUAAUGCCGAGCGAAAGAUCUGCUACGUGAGCAAUCGUAGCGAGUAUUUGGGCAAGGGAAUAAAAUUUCUGACUGAUAUUGCGUCCGCUCACGUUGGAAACGUCUAUAUGGGCACCGUGGUCCGAUGUGAGGACAAUUAUGUACUUGUCAAGUUUGGCAAUGGCAUUAAAGGAGUCUUGCACAGGCAGAAUCUAAAAGAAAGUAACUCCUUCUUUGAGGGACAGACAGCCAAAUUCCGCAUUCUGACCCGCAACAAGGACCAAAUCACUUUGACUCUGCCGGAGGACAAGUUCCAGCUAGGUGAGAUCUGUCCCGUUGAGAUAACCAAUGCCUUGGAUGCUGGUCUGGAAGUUAAAAUCACCUACGCUGCCGACGAUGACGAAGAGGAUGAAGACGGGAAUCCCAAGCUGGAGGAGUUCAUGGGCCUAAUACCACUGCGAUUGUUGUCGGAUCACAUGGAACUGCUGCACGCCCAAAUGCGUGUCCAUCCCGCGGGCUCCUACACCGAAGCUGCCUGCAUUAUGCAGAACAUCUUCAGCUUACGAGAUGUCCCCUACUUCAGUGGCCAGCUCACCAAGGAUUGGCAAACGGUUCAAGUGGGAGACAUAAUUCGCUCUUAUGUAAAGCACGCCACGGAGCAGGUGGUGGACCUCAUGGUGUGUGUUCGCAACUACAACAAACCGGUAAAGGUUCACGUUAAGAUGCUUCGUCUGAAUGCCGUGAAGAACGCGCCCGUGGAGCUAGUACCGGAGCAGCUACUUUUGGUGAAGGUUCUCAGCAAGGAGGUGGAAACUAAGACGCUAACAGUGUCAGCCAAGCUUACGGAUGUCUGGACCGGAGAUCUUAGUGAUACUGCAAAACUGGUCGAAGGCUAUUUGAACGAAGUGGCGCAAAUUAAGACAGCCCUUGAGGAAGCCUCUGCACCUAUUUCAAAAUACUCCGUUGGAGAGAAAAUCAACGUGGUGUUCAAGGGCAUCGACGCGACCUCCCAUGACUGGGUCUACACAGUGGAGGGCAGUGCCAAGGUGUCCGCCCUGCUGCUCUCCAGUUUGGCUGGCACUGCCAAAGCUCCUGAGACGGGUAGCAAGCACGAGGCAGUUAUUCUAUGGGUCGACUACUCCAGCGAUGUGCUACUCAUUAGCAACAAGAAGCUGGACAUUGCGCAUAUCUCACCAAGCGGAGAACUAUCCACGAAUCUGAUCGGAAAGGCUGGCAUGAAGGCCAAGGUGCUGCUGAAACUGGAGUCCGUAGCAGUGUGCUCGCUGAAGAAGGGCACAAACCCGUUAGUCAUCUGCCCGAUUCGGUUGCACCCCAACGAUUUGGAAAACUCGGGAAGUGCCGAGCUGCGUCAAGGAGAUUUCUGCAAUAUAGCCUUCAUCCAUGACAAGCUUCAUAUCGCAGUGCCUGAAACUGUUUGGCGCCUCUGGAGAGGAGUGAAGAGAACGGCGGACACACAGGCCGCUCCUGUAAAAGCCAAGAAGUCAAAAGUAGAAGAGCCACCCAAGCAGAAAAAGGCUACAAUUGAGGAGACUUCUGCUAAGAAGAAAAUCAAAGCGGAAACUAAAACGAAAGUAAAAGCGGAAACUAAAACGGAAGCCAAAGCCACGCCCACCAAGCGAAAGACAGAAGAGGUAGAACAAAUUACCAAUGGCCAAAAGAAGACGCCACCCCUGACCAAUGGCGUUGUGAAGGAGAAACCCAGGCAGAACGGAAAGCUCUUUUUUGAGGAUAAAACCCCAGCCAAGAAUGCCAAGUUCGAAACACCUAAAAGCAAUGGAGAAGGCAAGUCGCGUUUGCCCGGUGUGUCUAGUUUCUGGGAGGACGAUCUGAACCAAUCCAAGGAAACUUCCAGCGAUGAGGACGAGGAGCUGAAUGCGGCGGAAACACAAAAAAAUGCAGCCAAGAAGAAACGCCUCAGCGCCAAGGAGAAGGCCAAGGCGGAGGUCAAGGAAGAGCAGCGAUUGCGGGAGAUCGAGGAGCGUAAUGCUGAUCCCAAGGCACGUCUGGAGACAAUCGACCAGUACGAGCGACUUGUGAUUGCCCAGCCAAACAACAGCAUAUCCUGGCUGAAGUACAUCGCAUUUCUUUUGUCCAACACGGAGAUUGAAAAGGCUCGUGACUUGGCUCGAAGAGCGAUAUCAACGAUAUCCUUCCGGGAAACACAGGAACUGAGAAACAUGUGGAGCGCUUUACUGAACAUGGAACUCGUCUACAGCGACAACUUCGAUGAUGUGCUCAAAGAAGCCCUCAACUGCAAUGAUCCUUUGGAGAUCUACAUUAGUGUUGUAGACAUCUUAAAGAGGAACAAGAAAAAGGACCGACUGUCCUCCGUGCUGACCACAAUCCUCAACAAGUUUAAAACGGAGCUCAGGGUGUGGCCAGUGGCCGCCGAGGCGUAUUUCUGGCUGGGCAAGUCCGACCAAGUCCACAAUCUGCUCCAGCGCGCAUUGCGGGGUUUGCCAAAUCAAGAGCACAUUCCCUGCAUUGUGUCCUUUGCCAAGCUGUAUGCGAAGCACGAUAACAAUGACAUGGCGCAGACGUUGCUCGAUGAUGUAGUCACUUCCUAUCCCAAGCGGAUCGACAUCUGGUCGGUGUAUGUGGACAUGCUUAUCAAGGCGGGUCUAAUCGAUUCCGCGAGAAACGUUUUGGAACGUGCCGUGUUGCAAAAACUAAAGCCAAACAAGAUGCAAGUCAUCUACAAAAAGUAUCUGCAGCUCGAGGAGAACCAUGGAACGGAUGCAACGGUGGCCAAGGUCAAGCAGCAGGCCGAACAGUGGGUGAAGAACUACGCCAAGGCGGUCAAGUAGUUCCAUCUUGCCCCCGCAUUGUAGAUUGUAAAUUAGGAUUAAGGCCAAAAGUUACAUACAGUGUUUUUUCAUGAUACUUUAUUCUAAAACUAUUUUAAAUGAAGUGUGAUUCCGAGUGUUACCUUUAAAUAUAUAUGUAUGAUAGUACCUAUAUAUUAUAGAAAUACAUAUAAAACGUUGCUUUGGCCGUGACCCCUACACAUAGAAUGUAGGACUCAUGCCAAUAUUCAACUUAAGACUUGAACAAUAA